UUAAACAUAUGUUUUACUUAUUGCUUGUUUUUUCAAUGAGUGUUUCAUUUAACUUCGCACAUGAAGACAAGAAUCAUUGGUUCUAGCAUGUUUUUUGCAGUGGGAUAGACAAAGCAGAAAAUAUAACUUAUUCUAAACACUCAUUAAUCUUUUAUCAGUAUUUCUGAGUAUGCACUUGUAAAUGUACACAGAUAGUUUUCUAAUGUUUGUUGACAUUGUUAUCCAAAGAAUUUAAAUGUGUAUCUAAUAGUUUUGUGUGAACUCUUCUAUGUUGGUUGAGGUGCAAGGGGACAAAGCUACACUACAAUAUAGAAUGGUGAACUUCAUAUUUUUACAGUCUCACUUGGACUAGGAAUUAUUGUGUAGCUGAAAUGUCAGAACUGGUUGAUAAAUUAUGCUAUUAUCUGUCUGUAUAUUAAGAACAAACUAGGAAAUAUGAUUCAUUGCUCAACGAUUAACUGAGUUAUCUAUCAAAAAAUUAAUGUUUCCUGAGGAAAUCUUUAUGAGAGGAAUUUUCCUAGGUUCAAACUCCACAGAACAGCAAGAGCUACAUAAAACAUUUAUACUUGAUGACAUUUAAUUACAGUUUGCUCACAGAGAUUUCAUUCAUUUCAUUUGAAUCUGGAGAGGGCUUCGAGAAAUUUAUUCUGUAAAUAAAUGACAGAAUGCAUAUUACCCAUAAUCUUUAUAUAGUGCAUUAUGUUUAUAUUAAUAAAGAUAAUAUGAAGCGACGCUAGAAAUCUCAACAUCAAUCUUCGUCAUUAAAUCCUGCAAAAAACAUCCCAUACACAUUUUACUCGAAACUCGCAUAAAUUUCUGCUUUAGAAUUUUCAACCUUAUUGCUGAUGGCGCAUUGAAUAUUUAUCAGUGAUAUGUAAACGAGUCUACAGAGUUCUUUGUAUGUAGGUGUUGGAGGAUUUGGCAUCUCUCGUGAGCGCUGAACAUGUCGGAUCAGCAGUGCGUGUGACGAUAGCGAGGCAGCGCAAACGCGCGCGACCGCUAGCCUCCCUUACACCCGAGUAUUCCGUUGUGAUUUGAAAUCAUCUCACUUGUAAUAUUGCGCACCCGUGUUGCUAUGUUUAGUUUGGCAGAUGUUUGGAAUUCCACCGCUUUUACAAUAUCCAAAGAAGCUUUCCGCUUUAUUUAAUAAGCGUUCUGUAUUUCAAUAAUAUUCAAUUAAUAACACAUAAAGUAGUAUUCGUCUCAGUCGUGUUUCGCAUAAGAAAAGCCUUAUCAAGCCAGAACAGAAUAAUCUAAUUUGACGUUGAAAUACUAGAAACCAAAUGAAGGAGCUCCUUAAGAUAAAUCUUAGUGACACUCGGGAUUCGGGUCUCGUCCGUCUUGCGACGAGUUCCAAUCAAUCUCGAUCCUUCGCCGUCGGAUCGUAUCUCUUAACUUCCAUCUCAUAUAUCGGCACUCAUUACGAAGAUUUUACACAUAUUUCUUUCUAUCGUGUGCCACUUGUAUGUCCCCGUAUCAUUUGAUGCGCUUAUUAUGUUAAUCUUAUGGAAUAACUAAUACAAAUUUUCUCUGUAUAGAACGCAAGAGUGUCUGUUAUCUGUUUCCACUGACGCAACUUUCACUAUCACAUGUAUGCUCCACAAUUGCAGAUACAUCUGUUUUAUAUCGACACGAUUAAACAUCGGCUCGACCUUUGUCGGUAUUUACGUCACUAGCAUCAGAAUUUUGACAAGUUUAUCUCAAAAGGUUAUUAAUAAAACAAGGAUUUAAUUAAACGUGCUUAGGUUUCGCGAACUGGUAAAAUCUAGUUGGCUUGUUAUGUGAUGUUUUGAUUGAUUUUGUGCAAUGUUUCGAUCCGGAAAAUGGUAUACUCGUCCAGAGAAGCAGUUAUCGGCCCUCGCAUCGGGGCCUCCUCCUCCAGCGCCCAUCGUACCCCGUUCCGCAGAUGGCCCCCGCCCCCCCGGCUGGAACGGCCAGCCUCGGAGGCAUGGCUCCAGCAGGUUCAACGUGCACAACCACAACCAAGAACUCGUCAAACUGCCACCCAUGAAAGAUGCACCAGCUGCGGAACGCGAACAGCUGUUCGUUCAGAAGCUGCGGCAAUGCUGCCUUCUGUUCGACUUUGCGGACGAGCCCCUCUCCGACCUCAAAUGGAAGGAGGUGAAGCGGGCAGCUCUGCUGGAGAUGGUCGAGUACGUGACGUCACAGAGAGGCGUCAUCACAGAACCUAUAUACCCGGAGGCGGUUAAUAUGUUCGCAAUAAAUCUAUUCCGAACAUUACCGCCGUCGUCGAACCCCAACGGGGCGGAGUUCGACCCCGAGGAGGACGAGCCGACGCUGGAGGCGGCCUGGCCCCACCUGCAGCUCGUCUACGAACUGUUCCUGCGGCUCCUGGAGUCGCCAGACUUCCAGCCCAACCUCGCCAAGAAAUAUAUAGACCAGAAAUUUGUAUUACAGCUAUUAGAACUCUUCGACUCGGAGGACCCGCGGGAACGCGACUUCCUGAAGACGACGCUACACAGGAUAUACGGCAAGUUCCUAGUGUUGCGCGCAUACAUAAGGAAACAAAUCAAUAAUGUGUUCUAUAGGUUUAUAUACGAGACAGAGCAUCACAACGGCAUCGCGGAACUGCUGGAGAUCCUCGGCUCCAUCAUCAACGGGUUCGCGUUGCCGCUCAAAGAGGAACACAAACUCUUCUUAUUGAGGGUACUAUUACCGCUGCACAAAGCGAAGUCCCUCUCGGUGUAUCAUCCGCAGCUCGCGUACUGCGUGGUGCAGUUCCUCGAGAAGGACCCCUCGCUCACACAGCCUGUUGUUAGGGCAUUGUUAAAAUAUUGGCCGAAAACACACUCGCCGAAAGAAGUGAUGUUCUUGAAUGAGAUGGAAGAGAUCCUGGACGUGAUCGAGCCGGCGGAGUUCCAGAAGAUUAUGGACCCACUGUUCAAGCAGCUCGCGAAGUGCGUCUCCAGCCCACACUUUCAGGUGGCAGAGCGCGCUCUGUACUACUGGAACAAUGAGUACAUAAUGUCUUUAAUAUCGGACAACGCGACGCACAUCCUGCCCAUAAUGUUCCCGUCGCUGUACCGCAACACCAAGAGCCACUGGAACAAGACCAUCCACGGGCUCGUGUACAACGCGCUCAAGCUCUUCAUGGAGAUGAAUCAGAAACUCUUCGACGAGUGCACGCAGCAGUACAAACAGGAGAAACAGAAGGAGCGCGAGCGGCUGCUGCAGCGCGAGGAGGUGUGGCGCUCGCUGGAGGCGCGCGCGGCCGCCUGCCCCGCCGCGCCCCGCGCCCCCGCCGCGCCCCGCGCCCCCGCCGCGCCCCGCGCCCCCGCGCCCGCGCCCCCCGCGCCCGCCGACGACAGCCCGCUCGCGCCGCUCUCCUACCAGCGCAUCGAGCACGAGGCGCAGGAGCUCCGGAAGCAAGGGUACAACGCGAGCAAGCCCCUCCUCCGCAAGAAGUCGGAGCUGCCCGCCGACUCCACGACGGUGAAGGCGCUCAUCGAGCACAAGCGCGCCGACCCGUACCUGUCCACUCCGCCCGACGUCAACCAGUGCUAGCGACACACACACACACACACACACACACCGCUCCCCUCGCGUGGUCCUAGCGCGCCCGCUCCCGCCACACCAGCCGCGCACUGUCAUGGCUGCCGACCAAUGUUGUUCAAAACUGUUCAAUCAAGGCUGACCCCUACGAAAAGGUAUACGUGAAUAUGGCUCUGGAGUGCGUUUCAACAAACACUACUUCAAAAUCGACGUUAAGACCACACUCAAAUAUACACAGAACUAUUAACGGCCUUAACAAUUUUAACUACAAUCAAUACAAUAUGUUUAAACAAAAUUUAUACGGACUGUAAUAAUAAUAAUCAAGACGUGAUUUGAAGUGCCGGACAUUGGACCGCCGGUAACACCGCGGACGGAACCCGAGUGUGCGAGCGAGAGGACGCUAUAAGAGUGACACGAGUGACGCAUUGUGGUCUAUAUUGAAUAGUUAGUACACAUAAUUAUAUUAAUACGGUAGUGUCCUUUUGUUGAUGUUUUAUAUCCACUUAGGUCGACAAUCGCGGGCGACUAGCGUGCUCGCUCACCAAUCAGAAGCCGUGUGCUUUUGCUCCGGACUGCCUGAUUGGUGGGCUAUCACGCCAAGUAAAUUGCUACUUAAAUGUACUCGAAAGCACUGCUGUUAUUUAAUUGUAUUAUAAUCUAAAUGAUGUUUCUACCGUCAUUCGGCGCGUUGUCGACCUGUAUUAUACAGAGUGAUGCAAAUUGUGAGAGUGUCUGGAAACGUAGUUUUCUUUAUGUGGUCUUUUACAAAUAUUUAACGAUUGCUUACUCAGUACGUUGAUGGGAUUUCGUUUUUCUUUCACUCUAACUUGAUUGAGGUAAUGAAAAAUGUAAUUUCUUUGUCAAUACAAUUUGUACUGUUCAAGUUUGGUGUAGACCUCGUCCCUGUGCUGAGAGGGGACGAAUCAUUUCAAUAUGCAUCACAAAGCGCCUUGCUUUCGUACCUUGUAUUUACUUAUUCUUUUUUAAAUGUAAGUAACAGGUUUAUACACCAUUCCACUGCAGAACCACCUACGAAAUGUUUUAGCCCAAUCGUGUAUUAAUUUAAUUGUAUUUAGAUGUAUAAUCAUGUUGAUUUAAACGCCAUAAUGUUUUGAUAACGGGAGAUCAUCAGUUGCGAUUGAAUACGUACAUAAAUAAUAAUCUGUGUAUAUGUGUAUUAAAAUAUAUAUCAAUCUAUAUGUAUAUAGACUAACAAUACCAAUUGAUAGUCUCCCGACACUUAUUAAAUCUUUAAUUUAUUAUUUAUAGAAACCAAAUACAUGAACACAUAUAUGUUUGUACUGAUACUAUUCGUUUGACAUAGAUAUCAUUAUUUAAUCUAAGGUUUUCACAAUAAUUAUGUAAAGCAUACUUUAUGUCAAACUGUAGUUAUCUCAUAUUAUAUUUUAGUCGAUUUGGUAUGACGGGCGAGAGGAUAUUCUAUGCACAAUAAUUACUAAUGACGUAGCAUUUCAUUUAAUCAUUACUAAAAUAUAUUUUAAUGUCCUAUGUUAUAUGUCCCCGCCUAGAACGGAAACAUAUUCGGCUUAUAUAGCUCCUCUAAUCUAACUAAAUGAGUAGGAUCUAGACGUUUUAGUUACUAUGUUUAGGGUCUUAACACAACCGUCCAUCGGUUACUAAAUCUGUUCUUAAUGUAAAAACUUAACGCGCUAUCCGCUUCCCGCGUACUAAACUCGCUUGCUCCACAUUCGCUCUAGGGUAAUAUAAAACUUAGUAUACACUAUAAUUUCCAUAAUAUAAGCUGAAUAUAUAUCCGUUAGUACACUCGACGUAAAGUUAGUUUAUUUAAAAAUAAUAUAUGCCUAUCUGCCUUUACGGAAGUAUAUUAGUUUAACGAGUCGGGCACCCACGGUGAUGUAUUUCGAUUUAUUUUAAGUUUUAUUAUUUUGUGUGUAUAGAGUGCCAAAGGAGUUUGCGUUGAAGCCAUUUCAAACAGUCGACUUAACAUAUGAUGUGUAAUGUAUUUAUAAAAUGUAUUAGAUGAGCUUCGGGUGAGAGAGGAUGUUUGAGAGCACCUAUCUAUGUAGUUAUUUAUUUUUUUAUUUUAACAUAACUUACCCAUGUUAUUGAAUGACGACUGAAAUAAAAAUUAUCGAGUGUUUUUAAUCAAAGUAUCCGAUACUAUCGACUAAUGAAGCUAGAUUUUGUAACUUUUAUAUUAUUAUAGUUGUUUGCAAUAUUGUAUAAUGGCGUUAAUAUUUAAUAGACAGUUUCACGUUACGGGCGCGAGUUUACGAGAGUUUAUCGAAUGGUAAAUUCUACAUUUACAGUAAUGGCCAGUUCGAGACCAGAAAGAUUUUUGACUUGACGUUUGUUGCUUACACAAAGUAUCUCAAGACAACAUAAUUUUAAUGAAACGUUUGAUCUCGAAAAGCAACAAUGUUCAUUCAAGUUUGAAAAUCUUUGACUGUGGUAAUAAGCUCUAGGCCUUGUUAUAGUUGAUAGUAUCCAAUACUUGUCUCAAUACCAGGUGUCUCGUCAGCAAGUGACUGUACUAAUAAAACGAUUUGUAAUUAAGGUAUAAACUUACAAUAAAACCACGCAAUAUGCUUUAGGUAGGCGGUCAAGUGCAAUCUUUUGAUAUACUUCCAACUCUAGACGGUUACUUGCUGACUGACAAUAUGUUUAACUGCCUGUCUGUUUGUUAGCGUGACGCAUGAUCGACAAAGACCUCACUUUAGCGAAUUAUUUGCAAAACGCUGUUCAACAAAUUGAUAAAUUUUGUAUAAAUAUUUAUAACGAUAAUGUAACUGUUGAAAACAAAUAUUGUAACAGAUGACAUAUUAUAAGGUGCUUAUGAUUAUCGUUAUAAUACAAAGUUGUGCAUAUAA